AUGGCUUUUAAUCUCCCCGUGUCACCUCAUGCCACCGCAUCUAUGCUGAACCGACCGCACCCGUUACUCCUGUCUGGUAAAUCGCAUUUGGACUCUUUGAACAUUGCACCGCAGUUGGGAUCUUUUAGCUCACCAUCGACUGCCACGACGUCCACAGGUCUAUCAUUUCCCCCGUAUCUAUCUUGUGCUCAUUCGGAUAGCAAUUCGUCUGCCUUGGUUUCUCGGCUCAGUUCACCUGGACUUUUGUAUCCAAAAGCAAACGGGCGAGGAUACACACCUUCUGUACCAGCACCAGUACCGCCGUUUGUCACAUCAUCAUCGUCGUCUAAUUUGAACUCAAUGCCCGGUGCAUGUUGGGACAAAACAUCGCCUAUGUUCUCAGCUUCAAGUUUAUGCACAAAUGGGACCGCUCCAUAUGGCCAGUCUAAUACAUCGCCAUCAGAUAUGCAUGUGUCCCGAACUCUUCGCACACUUACGGAGUUAUCGGCGAGUCAAGACAAUCGCCAUUCCGACGGGUCUGUAAAACUCACAUCCCCCAAUGGACAAUCAACAUCACGAUUUCGAUCAACCAUUUCUGUUCCAUCCUCUGUUUCCGAAACCCUAGAUCCCGGUUCACAUGGACAGUCUCAAUUUGGUGAUAAGCUAUUGGACUCCUCCAAGUCUGCCUUCAGACCUCACACGCGAACACCAAGUCCCGUAUCCCAAUCCAGAGAUACAAAGCCGUUUGCAGCUUCCCCGAAUGUGGCGAUGGCCGCAAUGGCAGCUGCACUAGCAGCGACGGGGUUGCGAUUUCCUCCGCAUCCUGGUCUUUCAAGUUCUGCACUCCCAAUACCGUCCCUACCCGGGAACAAUGGGACCGUACCCACGACCACCGGAGGUAACCACAUCCCUGAAUUCUCCGCUCUGAUGGCUGCUGCUGUGGCUGCUGCCGCAUCAGCCAUCAACAGUCCCACAUGUACAUUAUCAGCGCAUCGUAAUACACCACACACGGACUCCUGUUGUGUACCUGGGGCACCGACAUCAUCGACUAUAUCCUCCUCUUCCACGUCGUCUUUAGUUUCCAUCAUCAGUCAACCGAUGGAUGAACUCACUCAUUUGUCCGAUUUCAAACAGGCCUCUGCCUCAUACAUGCCAACAGUUCCCAUGCAACCAGAAUCGCCAGAUCCAAUGGACGCAGACAAUCGCCCAAAAGUCGAGCUGGUCGACAAGUAUUUGUGGGAUAAAUUUCACGCCCAAGGAACCGAAAUGGUCAUUACAAAAAGUGGACGGUAA